UUGUCGGAGAGCAUCCGGGAAUGUGAUUCUUUUGUAGGUUCGAUUUUUCUCACAAGAAGUUUGCGAAGCCAUCCUUCGCUAAUAUCCUGUUGUGGUGGCGAACUUGACACGAGCCUACUUCAAGAUGACGCAUCCCUUUAAUCCAGAGCAACUCACAAAGAUGAAGGCAUUUACUGAACUCUGCAUGAAAAAUCCUUCGAUUUUGAACAUACCAGAUCUCGCUUUCAUCAAAAACUUUAUCAAACAUUUCGGAGGUGUAAUCCCAGAAUCUAGAAGUGAGUCAAAGCCUGAAGAAUUCAAGGACAAUGAACCAGAAGUGAAACCAGAUGCAGAAAGUGAAGAAAGCGAUCUUGAAUUAGAUAUGACAGGCGUUCUAGAACAGGAUAAUUUUUGUGCGUAA